AUGGCAGAAGACCAGAGCCUCUCAAUCGAUCCCAAACCCAACAAUGCAGAUUCAGUCUUGAGCGAAGAUUAUCAGUCAGACCUGACCUCACUACGAAGCAGCAUUGUCGACUAUCGGUAUGAGAACGGGCGGCGGUACCAUGCGUUUCGAGCUGGGGCAUACUGGGGACCGAAUGAUGAAAAGGCGCAGGACCAUUUGGAUAUUGGGAUGAUGUGCAGAAAGUCCUCGAUAUCGGCACGGGGACGGGGAUCUGGGCGAUGGAAUUCGCAGACCUGCACCCAGCGUCCUCAGUCAUCGGCACCGACCUCUCCCCAAUCCAACCGAGUUGGGUGCCGCCAAACACACAUAAAGCCCGGCGGCUACAUCGAGCAGGUCGAACAAUCCGUCGUACCAAAAUCCGACGACGGAAGCACAGAGGGCACAGUCUUUGAGGAAUGGGGCAGAAUCUCACUACAGGCCGGGGACGCCUUUGGGAAAUCACUGCGGAUCGUCGACGAGUCCCGGGAUAGAAUGGUCAAGGCUGGAUUCGUCGAUGUCGUUGAGCGACGGUUCAAAGUGCCGAUUGGCGGGUGGCCUGCUGAUCCUCGUCUGCAGCAGCUGGGGCUGUAUAAUCGGCUCCAAUGGGCGGAGGGGAUUGAGGGCUGGUCUAUGUACCUUCUCACCAAUGUCCUUGGGUGGACUCGCGAGGAAGUGGAUGUCUACCUCGCGAAGAUGCGCAAGGGCCUCCAAGAUCCAACAAUCCACGCAUAUCAGGAAUGCACUGUGGUAUACGGCAGAAAGCCUGGCAAAGCAGAGCAGGCAGAACCCUAG